UCUCCUCUGGGCUCGAGAAACAACCGUUAUUAUCGCGCUUUUGUAAAUCGUAUCAUGGCCUUUCAAUUAAUCAAACAUAUAUUCAACUUUUUCUAUCCCAACGAGACAGAGAAUCAAAAUUAUCCAGAUCGGCCGGGUCCGCUGCUGAGUUUUGGGGACCUCAUACCCUGCUAUGACCGUUCAGGUGCGUCAUCCGACAUAUUCUCCUUGUGAACUCAGAUUUGACAAAUAGAACUGCCUUUGGUGCAUGCUUUCACUCUCGUGGUUGCUCACCGAAAGGCCAGUGAUUUUGAAAAACGCAUCGAAGCUCGAAACGAAGAAUGGAACGAUAGCAUGCUGUUGAAGAUGGCUUGGGCUGAUCUCAUGAUAAGCUAUCCUACCAAUAGCUUCGUGGCUGAUGUCGACCUCGAGUGUCUGACCGCACUAGAAGGAAGGAUGUUCGAGGAUUCCGAAGAAGCAGGACCUGCAGGCAACCAGCAGUGGGGUUUGGAUGCUGGCCAACAUCACAGGCGAUGGAAAUUGUAUCUUGGAAUUCCUGAUGAAUGGGUUUCUGCAAGAGAUUAUAGCGAGAGUGAACUUGAAGUGAGGAAGACAUUACCUGCUCCGUUCGAUAGAUAUCUAACUUAUGUGAUUGACAGCGCGGCCCCUUAUUCAGUGAUAACUCUGAUGCUACAUCUUUGGAGUCUGCAGACGAGCUAUCCGAAGCUGUAGUUCCUUGUCUGCCGGCCGAAGAAUGUCCGCCCGUUAAACGUCGAUGUGCUCCACAGGCUCGAAGGGUCCAGAGAGGGAGGAAAAGAAAAUAGUCAUUGGCUU